UGAAAGCGUUAAUGAAGCACUGCAAAAUAUUCAAUGUUCAGUUAUUUCUCAUAAAUAAAAGAAAAUAUUAUUAUUUCUUAAUAAUAUGAUUUGGUUACGUUUGAUUGGCGUUUUGAUUACUUUGGAAAGCAGAGUUUACGGAUAUCAAAAAAACGACUAUUUGAAACAACGCAAUGUAAAUGUUGAUCAACCAGUCGAUACCAUGACUGAUGUUAUAAAUAAUUUAGGUGUAAAAUUAUUGAACUGUUAUUCACAUCAUUCAGGAAAUGUGGCAUUUUCACCAGCACUUUUAACAUUUGUUCUGGUUGCUGUUUACGAAGGUACUGCUGGUCGUACAUCACAGCAAAUAAGUCAUGUUUUAAAACUUCCCCGUGAUCGACAUAUUACAAGAAUAGGUCUUCGUGAUAUUCAUCGACGUCUUCGGAGCUAUCUUAACGCUGACACCUUUCUCGCUGGUCUCACAUUAAACCAGGAUAAUGUUCAGUUAAGGCCAGAGUACGAAGAUAUUUUAAGAUUUUAUGGAUUCAACGUUGAUACUGUGGUUAAUAACAACACAAUGAAUUCAACAGAUCAAUCCACCAUGACAUUAAAUACCAACAGUUCAACAACAAAUAUGACAAACGCCCUGGUGUUAUCAAAUGUUGAUAUAACAAAUAGUUCAUCAGCUAAUAACACAGUUGUUCCAACUCCGUCAAUAAAUUUGAUAGCGUCCGAUAUUACAAUUGAUAACUCUACAAAUUCAUCAUCUGUUCAGAUAAAUCAAACAUUGAAUCAGACAAAAAACAGGAUGCCACCGACUGUAACAGAUUUGACUGGAAUGCCAGCUGUUAACAUCAUGGACAUGAUGGCUGUUGAAUCUUCACCAGACAAUAUGACUUCUAAUCAACAUUCAUUGACUUCUGAUGAAGCUGAUCAAUUUGUUACAAUAGAUAUGGUUCCAACAGUUUCUAGUGCUAUUGAUAUUGGCACUAAACCCUCUGUUAUUAACAGCAGUUCUAGAAAAAAAAGACUUGCACGUAGUCAGCGAUCUUUCGACACCAUUCCAGAGAACAUUUGGUUUGAAAAUCAUCAUAAUGAUUGGAAGUACCCACCAUUCAAUCAAAAUGUUACAGUCUCUGAUUCAACUGAUCAAGGAACAACUGAACUCAACUUUCAAGUCAAUGGCAUCGCAGCGUCCAUUAUAUCAACAGCAUAUUAUACAGCAAUUUUGCCUUUUGCACAUAUCCAUGCUAUUCAUUCCUUCGCUGUUGAAUUCCCUCUAGACGAUUCACGUUACAAUGUCAUAAUGGUAUUGCCAGCUGAUAGCAUUAGAAGUCGUAAUUUGAUCAGGCUACUCUCUGGUGAAACAUUGCGACAUAUCAGAAAGUCUAUGAAACCUACGUGGGUUAAAAUGCAAAUUCCUUCUUUUAUGCUUGGUGGAUUCGUUAGACUCACUUCAUAUCUCCAAAUGUUAGGUAUCAAGGACAUGUUCGAACCACGAGCCGCAAACUUGUCUCCAAUGACUCCAGAUCUUGGGGUAUAUGUAAGAGAUAUUCAGCAAAGUAUUAAUGUUAACAUCAGAAAUUUUAUGAAGGACGAUUUAUCAUCAAGGACCCACAAUCGAACAUCAACAACAAGUACCUUAUCUCCAAGUAUUCCAACCCUUGAUGCAAAAACUUCAAAUUUUCAAGAUGAGAACUUGCUGCAUUCAAAACAUCCAGUACCAUUUAUCGCCGACCGAAGUUUUAUAUUUUUUAUAAUUGACGUGCACACAUCAGCCGCUGUAACUGCCGGUAGAAUUGAUGACCCUCUAAACUCAAGACUUCUUUGAGCAAUUAGCUUUGGUUAAUUAAACUAAAGUAAUAUUAACCAAAUCAAGAAAACAUCGAGAGCAGCAGAUAUCUAUAAAUAUGUCUCAAUAAAAUAACUGCAAGGGAUAAGGUUACUCAGAUUCAAGUGC